CCAGAAGUCUGCAGAGCGGCUCUAGCAACCAGGAUGAGCCCGAAACCCCCCGCCGGUGCACCCUGAGAAUUUCUGUGACACACAGGACACCUGUCCAUGCCGGCCUCGCCCGCGUGAGCCCCCCAAGAACACGACAAGCCUCGCCCGCCGGCUGGCACGGCUGCUGCAUGACAAUGAGGCCGGCCUCCCUCCUGCCCUGCCUGCUGCUGUGGCUGGCCUGCGAGGCGCAGGAUCGGCCAGCGCCCAGGCCCAACGUCGUGCUGCUGAUGGCUGACGACUUGGGCAUCGGGGACCUCGGCUGCUAUGGCAACAGGACCCUCAGGACCCCCAAUAUCGACCGGCUGGCUCAAGGUGGCGUGAAGCUCACUCAACAUCUGGCCGCUUCUCCCCUCUGCACACCGAGUCGGGCGGCCUUCAUGACUGGACGGUACCCCAUCCGAUCAGGAAUGGCUUCUAGGUCCCGCGUUGGAGUGUUUCUCUUCACCGCCUCUUCCGGGGGACUGCCGCCCUCCGAGAUCACCUUGGCCAAGCUGCUGAAGGACCAGGGCUAUGCCACGGCCCUCGUGGGGAAAUGGCACCUGGGCCUGCACUGCGCCCACACCGAGGACUUCUGCCACCACCCGCUGAGCCACGGGUUCGACCACUUCUACGGGCUGCCGCUUACCAACCUGAGGGACUGCAAGCAGGGCUCGGGCAGCGUGUUCGGGACCGGCGUCAGGCUAUUGAUCUUCGUGCCCCUCCAAGUCCUGGCCAUCACACUGGUCACUCUGGCCGCCCUGCAGCGCCUGAGACUCCUCCGGGUGCCCCCGCUGGUUUUCGGGGUGCUCCUGGCCGCUGCUGCUGGCCUGCUGGGGUUGCUCGUGGCCUUCCUCCAUACCUACCGGCCCCUCAAUUGCUUCCUCAUGAGGGGAAAGCAGGUGACACAGCAGCCACUGGUGUACGACAGGCUGACGGAGAGGUUCACGGACGAGGCCACGGGCUUCAUGAAGAAGAAUGCAGGGACCCCGUUCCUGCUCGUCAUGUCCUACCUACAGGUGCACACGGCCCUCUUCGCCGCCCCGAAAUUCGAGGGCAAGAGCCAGCAUGGCGUGUACGGGGACGCCGUGGAGGAGAUGGACUGGAGCGUAGGACAGAUCCUGGACACGCUGGACACGCUAGGCCUGGCUGACAACACGCUUGUCUACUUCACGUCUGACCAGGGGGCCCACGUGGAGGAGGUGAGCCCCAAGGGGGACAUCCACGGCGGCAGCAACGGCAUCUACAAAGGCGGGAAGGGCAACAACUGGGAAGGCGGCAUCCGAGUGCCGGGCAUCGUGCGCUGGCCCCGGGCACUGCCCGCUGCACUGGACCUGGACGAGCCCACCAGCAACAUGGACCUGUUCCCCACGCUGGCCACGCUGGCCGGGGCUCCCCUGCCGGACGACAGGAUCAUUGACGGCCGGGACUUGAUGCCCCUGCUGCGGGGCGAGACCUCGCGCUCGGACCACGAGUUUAUCUUUCACUACUGCAAUUUCUACCUCAAUGGCGUGCGGUGGCACCCUCGCAACAGCACCUCCGUGUGGAAGGUCUUAUUCUUCACCCCCAAAUUCGCCCCCGAGGGUGCCAACGGCUGCUUCCCCACCCACGUCUGCUUCUGCCACGGCCAAUUUGUCACCCACCACCGCCCUCCACUCCUCUUCGACCUGUCCAAGGACCCCCAGGAGAAAAACCCACUGACGCCAGAGACCGAACCCCGAUACAUGCGCAUCCUGGGGGCCAUGCACAUGGCGGCGGAGAGACACGUGGAGACCCUGCGGCCCCCCGCGCCUGACCAGUUGUCGGUCACCAAUCUCAUCUGGAAGCCCUGGAUGCAGACAUGCUGUUCGACCUGGAGCCAGCUGUGCCAAUGCGACCGGGAACCGCCACAGACACGCGGGAGCCACUAG